AUGGCCCCUUCCCGGAUUGGCACGGGUACUGGGCGCUGUAGGCCAACAGACCAGCGGGUGGGCAGGGACAGCCGCACUCAGGAUAGGGAAGCCAGGCCCCCAAGGCGGCGUAGAGCCAGCGGGGGGGACAGGAGGGCUUCUAGCCAUCGCUCCAGGAGUAAUCGGUGGAGCAGGCAGCGCAGUAGCAGCGGGGAGUCUGUGGCUGGGCGCUGCUGUGACUCACCCGUUAGGGGAUCAUCCUUACAGGGGAGUGCCUCCAGGUCAGUUAGCGGGGGCUCCCCCGACAGGCGGUGCAGAAGAUUUUCGGGUGAUAGUUACGGCCGCAAGGUUCAGGAUGCCGGGAUUUGCUGGCCGCAUAGAGAAUCACCGGGUGAGGUCAGGGAGGAUCGGUGUUCUGAUGACGGCCUCCUCAGGUUUGCUUCUUCUGUUCACAGGUCAUUGGAUGUCGGGUCGGUGGGCCGAAGGAGGCCUCAGGACGGCGGGGAUUUCCAAACAGCUUCGUCAGGACCCUCACACGGCGGAGUUCGGGUAGCAGCCCCAGGAUCGGCGACACCACGGGGUUUGGCUGGUGAGUCCCACAGUACACCACACUCGGGAGACUUGUUAGAGGGCUUAAAAUCGUUUCUUACAUCGUGGAGUUCAGGUUCGGAUAGAGGGGCUUCCUUUAGCAAGGUUUGGUUGCCAGGGUCGUCGGGUCUGGGGACGGGGGAGAAACUAAUAACAGGACGGGCAGGGAGCAGUACAGGGGAGGUUAUGGCAGCGUCAUCGGCGUCG